AUGGCCACUGAAUGGGAUAUAUCCCGCAGAGUGGGCGACGCAGCAAGUGACUCCUUUGAGCGAUAUCCGGACUUCCGCAUAUCCCGUCCAGAACCGAUCAGCUUACCAUCGACUGCACAGGCCGAAACGAGUUCUGGAUCUGCAAAUUCCUCCGUCAAUGAACUUCCCGACUUCACUCCAGCCGCUCCACAGUUGAGUAGUCAAUCUGCGCAACGCGAAUUAUUUUCAGGAAUAGCAACUGGCUCCGACGUGAAUGACGCAGCCCGCUACUGUAUGAGGGCAUUUUCGAGCCUCAUUUCAGCCCCAAAAGAGCAACAAGCAACAGACAAUGAAACAAUCAAAUUUUCAAAAGCAAACCGGAUCGUCUUUAUGAACCAAUUUUCUCGGUUCAAGACUUGGGCCGCAAAAGUCGAGGCCUUGAGCGCGGGUUUUUCAUCCGUGAAUUAUCGCCUUGAUGGUGAUUCUGUCAUCGGAGACGUUCUUCUGAAGCUUUUGAAACGACUUUCAGAAAAGCUAGAGUCAGUUCCGACUGGGGACAGCUCCCCCUCCAUGCGGAGUGUACCAGGGAAGGACGAUGCCGACACUAUUUCAUCAGACUCAUCAUCUGAGAGUGAGGAUGAGAGCUCACGAGGAGAAGAGAAGGACCGUAAUACCCCACCACAACCUCUCUGGAUCAGAAUUAUCGAAGAGACAAUUACAAAUCUCUACAAAAUCACAACCCUGGCUGAAAGAUCAAAUAUCCACACAGAAGAUCAAAGCAUGGCUAAAUGGCUCGAAAGGAAUUCCACCGAAGUGGAUGACGAGCUGUCUGACUUGCGUUUACAUAUCCAGAGGUUAUUGGAAAAGAAAUUUGCUCGGUUACGAUUUUCACCAUUUCUCAAGGACCGGUUAAUUCUGGCAGUACUCAACCGGAGGAAGAGGCUACUUUAUCACGGCAGCCGUCACCAAAAAUGUCAACAUGGAGUGAAGGACGCAUUCGAUUCAAGGGUUCUAGCCUCGACAUCUCCAUUAGAGACUCAACGAGGUAUUCACACGAGAAGUGUGCCCGAACAUCCUCCUUCGUUAGCAUCGAAAGGAGUUACGGAAUUCGCAUGUCCGUACUGUACCCAGCCGCUAGGUGAAGAAAUGUUUAGCGCAGACAAGACAAACUGGAACCGCCAUGUGCUGCUAGAUUUACAGCCCUACGUUUGCUUAUUUCGAGAUUGCGAUUCGCCGCUGAGCCAAUACUGUACGCAAGACGAGUGGGUUUAUCACAUGGCAUGGACGCAUGCCAAAGUAUGGACAUGCCAGAUAAGGGGGCACGAGAGGUUACAAUUUCUCAGCGCUGGUGCACUCAAAGCUCAUCUACUACACGACCACACCGGGCCCCUUUCCGCCAACCAGCUACGGUUAAUGGUCGAGAAGGGUGCCAAACCCGCGCCAAACGUCUUUGCGUACCUUGCGGCAGAUUCCGAGUUCAAGUCCAUAUCCGAAUGCCCGUUUUGUUUAUUCCCUGCUUCCGAUGCCCCCUGUAUGGCUCCCCCCUAUGAGGAAGCUUACAGCAGGAUCAGAGAUCACAUUUCAGGCCAUCUUGAAUCUAUAGCUCUGGUUUCUCUGCCUAGAAUACGAGACUCAGACAAGAGCGUGUCAGAGGCACGGCAAGAAAAGGACAGCGAGUUUCAGUCUGCUGAUAUUCCAGCUAGCUCUCGUCCGUUUGGGUCUGAGCAGGGCGAGGAGCGUGAGGAGCAAUUAAAAUUACCCUCCUUCCCUCCUCAGCCCUUGCGAAAACAGUACUCACCUUACGUUGGCUCGUAUACCCACACGCGAGCUCGCAGCAACUCCAGCAACUAUACACCCCCCUCCAAGCCUCAGCAUUCCAGGUUUCCUUCUUAUGAACCUCAGUACUCGCCAACCCAGCGCUCGCCUUUAAACGCUGGCCCCAUUCUGAGAGGACUGGCCAUGGCCCCCCCAGCUCCAUAUAGACCAAAUCUUCCUUACCAGUCCCUGCCGACCAUGGACGAGUCCGCCGUGUCAAAUAUUCGCCAGCCCGGAGUUCCGAUAGCGAGGAUUCCCGGCGUGGUAAUCUUUGCCGCUCAGGAAGAGCGACCUUUCAAGUGCGAUCAGUGCGUGCUGUCCUUUGUCCGAAAUCACGACUUGAAACGACAUAAGCGAAUUCACUGGGCUACCAAGUCAUUCCCUUGCUCCUUCUGCGGCAAGGGUUUCUCACGAAAGGACGCCUUGAAGAGGCAUAGACUCGUCAAGGGAUGCGAGAAAAAGAGUAGCCAAGCAGAUAGCUCUCAAGAUGGCGAAGCGGAUCGAGAUGUGGAUGUCGUUGAGAUUGGGGAAGAAGAGGAAGAAUCAGCGUCGCAUAUGCAAGAAGACUGA